AUGCAUAACUGUCUUACUUUAGUGGACUAUACCUGGCGUGAUGGUGAAGACAGCGGAUUGCAUUCACCCACGAGUCAGGCGAGACAAGCGGCACUUCGUUGGAGACGUAUCACACGUUCUCUAGAUGAACAAUCUUCAGUUGUCUGCGGACCGGAAACCGAAGGUCCCACCGGAUCAGACAACGGACCGUUAUUGCGCACAAGGCGCUCGUUUCGAAGUGAUCUGAGCAUUUCGAAUUCGACUGGGCCACCAGCUACCACACGGAUUCGUAAUAAUUCAUUACUUCUAUUAACCGGUCGUCAACCACCGUUAUACGCAACUUCCCGUCGUAAAGCCCGGGGACCGACACGAAUUUGGGCACCCGUCGGACAUUGUCGAUACCUUCUAGAUCGAGAUCCACGGACUGGGGAGAUUCAGUGGAGUCCGGAAUCGAAUGAACUCGUGUGUAGUCCUCGAACACUAGCCGAAAUUUGUAUGUCACGUCUUGUCCGUGACUGGCCUUGUAUGUUGCCCCCACGACAACCGACAUUACGGAAUGUGAUCAGUUUCUUGUUCAGUGCUCGCGACUCACCGGUCAGUAGCAGCACUCAUAGUGAACCGCAUCGACGUGCGGCAAGUGUUGUUCCACAGAGACGCCAGGCAGAUUCGGCAACCGGUGUUCCGCGAGAUGAGGUGGAGACAAGCAGCACUAGGUGCCCGACCAAACAACGCAUGACCUAUCACGACCUUCCGACCAGUAUUUUGCAAGGUGUGAUCAGUGAGGCCAUUUUGCAACGAGAUUGUGCCGCAAUAGCUGGACUGAUCGCGAACUGGCCGGACAGUCAGAUUGUGGUCCGACGACUAAUUCCACCUGAAGAAUUUCCCCUCUCAUCAAGUUAUUUGACCAAGCCAUCGUUUGUCUUGGUCAGUCCGGAAACGGAACGUGGAAAUCGUACAACUUUGGUCAAAGGUCCCAGUUUGCUAGAUGCUUUCAUUUUGGGCCUAUUAACCAGACAAACGCUUUGCAAACUAACAUCCAUUGACUUCACCGGUUUUGAGGACGAUCGUCGGGUCAGUAUCGAGUUGUCUCGAUUGCCAAUUUUGUGGAUGAAACCUGAAGGUCGUAACUCAGAAACCGUGCGUCGACAUCUGAUGGCAAGUUUGCAUAUUGGGAUCCCACGCAAACGCUUGGAAGCUUACUUCGCCCGGAUCGCGUCGAUUUACGCAAUCUACGAGUCCGAGCUGGGACACGGGAUCCCGUUUGGUAAGUGA